AUGACCACCGAUACCACCCCCGCCCCCAAGCCAGAGCUCUUGCUCCCCGGCGUCGACCUCCCGCUCGACGCGUAUUCCAAAGCGGCCGUCAUCGACACAGACAAGGAUGCAGACGGCAACCCCACCAACAAGGUGAACCGCUUCCCCUCUGCUGUCCUCGAGGAGGAGUGGAAGAGCAACACGCCGACGGUGCGGGAGCGCGCGAUGAUGCGUGUCAUCGACCUCCUCACCGAUAAGCCAGGGUGGGUUGAUAAGCUUGACAACGACGAGAUCAUGGCCAAGUGGCGUGCGGAGGCGCUCGCUCUGCCCCUCAAGCAGGGUUUCACAGAGAAGAUGUUCGACUGGGUUGUUGCGGAGCUUCGGGACAAGGCUGCCCUCUUCAAGAAGAACGGCGGCGUUGUGAGCGUGUACGAUGGCGCUGCCGCAGUCUUCAAGACCGAUAACGCACUUACUGAAGACCUUGUGGCCCGUCUCAAGGAGCAGGCCGCCAAGCUGGAAGGCGAGGACAAGGACUGGCACCCUGGUUCGAAUGAGCAGGUCCUCGACCUGGUACACCCGUCCCUCUUCCCACUCGUGUAUGGCAAAACGCGCUUCGUGCGCUCCAGCAUCCCGCUCGGCAACGCGCUCGCGGCCUGGGGCUCAGGCGAGGUGAUCCCCAAGACGGAAGGCCCGCUCAAGAAGAAGGACAACUGGUACUACCAACACGACCCGGAGCGCCUACUCUCGCGCAAGUUCCAGUGGCUGCCGACAGACGUCGAGCUCAAGGACGGCAAGGCGCGGUUCACCUCGUACAUUAACAACCUGCACCCCGAGGAGCACGCGGAGAUGUACGGCGUGCUUGAGGAGCUGGUGGAGAAGGCGGUACCGCUCUGGUCUGCGACGUACGGCCGUGUGAUGACGUGGAUUGGCGCCGAUGACGGGAAUGACUGGGAUGGCCGCGAGAACACUGUCAACCGCAUUUGGUGCAUGGACUCGAAUCGAACAUGCACGACGCCUGAGGUGUGCAAGAACUACUGCGACGCAUGGAACAACCCCAGCAACCCGGAGAACCAGAGCAACCAAGAGGAGGACGACAGCGCGGACGAGGACGAGGACGAGGACGAGGACGAGGAUGAGCACGAAGGGUCGGCCUCGGAAGACAGUGAGGUCGCCAGCGUUGGCUCGGAGGGAGACGCCGAGAUGGACUCUGGCAACGCGCCCGAAGAGCUUGCGGACCUCGAAGACUCCGACGAGCCCGACGAGUCCGACGAGUCCGAGGAGGAGGAAGGUGGUGAAGCAGGAUCGGUCUUCGUCGACGCCACCGACGCAGCUGAGGACGAACCUGAAGUUGACCGCGCGGCGCCGGCCGACGGCGACCUGGGCCCCCUCGGUGGGUACGACUCGGAGGACGAGGCCAACCAGAUUUGGUUCGAGGCGACACACAAGGUAACCCAGCCCGAGCCCCUCGACGAGUACAAGUACGUCGGAUACCCUUUCACCAAGCCAGUGUGGAAGGACAACAAGCUCCAAGUCAUCGUCAAGCUGGCCAACAUCCACCUCACUCCCGACAAGCCCUCGUACCCCGGCGGGAGCUGGCACAUCGAGGGACAGCUCAACGAGCGUAUCGUCGCCACCGCGCUCUACUACUACGACAACGACAACAUCACCGACUCGCACUUGGCCUUCCGGACAGCAUGUGACGCCGAGUCUCUCUGUGAAAACUUCGGGUAUAGUCAGAACGACCAUGCGCCCUUCAGCGAGAUCUUCGGUGCCCACCCAGGCCUAGACGCUCACAGCACUGUCCUCGAGUUCGGCCAGGUACUCACUCGCGAGGGUCGGCUGCUCGUCUUCCCGAACGUGUUGCAGCACCGCGUCGGAUCGUUCCAGCUCGCGGACAAGACUAAGGCAGGCCACCGCAAGAUCGUCGCCCUGUUCCUAGUCGACCCCGCCACGCCCGUUAUUGGUACCGCACACGUCCCGCCCCAGCAGAUGCACUGGGGUGCUUCUACCGUCGAGCCCCGCCUUCCUCCAGAGGUCGCCGAGAUGGUGUAUGAGCACAUCAGCUGCCCGUUCAAGCUUGACGAGGCGAAGAAGCUGCGCUUGGAGCUUAUGGACGAGCGCCGCGCCAUCGACCGCGACGCUAACAAGGCUGUCAACUCGGGCGACUUUAGCUUCUGCGAGCACUAG